AUGUCGGUAAUGAAAUGCCGGUAUUAUGAAAAUUUGUUCCCGGACGUUGGUGAAACAGUUGUGGCAAAUGUUAAAUCAAUCGCCGACAUGGGAGCUUAUGUUCGGCUCUCUGAGUACAAUGAGAAAGGUAUUUUAAUCAUAUUUUGAGAUAAAGUCGAUUUGCAGAGGGAAUGAUCCUUCUUUCCGAGUUAUCUCGCCGACGUAUUCGAUCGGUGAACAAACUUAUUCGCGUUGGUCGAAGUGAAUGCGUUGUUGUCAUCCGCGUUGACAAGGAAAAGGGUAUUAAGAUUUUUCGUUAUUUUUUAUGGCGUGUUCAUCUGAAAAAAAAAUUUGUUCCGAAACGCAGAAAAUUACUCCAAAACAGAAAUCUGUAGUUUGGGAGCAACUUUAGUGCCGAUGAACACGCCAUGACACGUUUUCUUAUGAAGGGUACAUUGAUUUGUCCAAACGGCGUGUAUACCUGAAAGACUUGAAGCAGUGCGAAGAAAGAUUCGCCAAUGCGAAAACUGUGAACAGGUUUUUCAUUUGUUUGUUCAAUGAUUAUUAAUUUUCAAUUUUCAGUAUACUACGUCACGUUGCCGAACAACUUGGCUAUACGAGCGAUGAACAGCUUGAAGUUUGUUACUUUUCCAAAUAUAAAUUCAUCACUUUGGAUUCGUUUUGCGAGAAACCUAAAAUAUGAAAUUUUAAGGCUGAUAAAUUUUUUUUCUAAAUAAGAGAAAUCCUAAUUGAAUGAAAGAUCGACUUUUACAAGUGCUAUUAACAGGAUCUGUAUUCGAAGACUGCUUGGCACUUUGAUAGAAGAGAGAAGAAGAAAGCAGCGGCUUAUGAAAUUUUCAAACAAGCUAUCGCGUGAGUUAUUUAUUACAAUUGAACGCUUUUCAAUUAUCGAAUAGAGAUAUAGUUUGAGUUUUUUGAAACUAUCUACUUUAGAGUUUUUACACUUGAGGGAAUUCGAAUUGACCUCAAAAAAAUUAAUUUCACUGAUUAAUUAGUCGAUUUCUUUUGUUGAAAAAAAGAGUCGUCUAUUUAUAAAAAAAGCUGCCGGAAUUUUUUUCAAAGCCAGUUGCCGGAUAUCUAUUUUUUUUAAUAUAUAUUUUUAUUUUUUUAUUUUUUUCAGAAAUCCAUCAGUUCUGGAUGAAUGCGAAAUCUCAGCAGAUGUCAAAGAGAAGCUUUUAGAAGACAUCAGAAAGAAACUGACACCUCAAGCAGUCAAAGUAUUUUCUAAACUAAAAUUCUUCUAAAUCGUAAGCCCAGAUUCGCGCCGACAUAGACGUUUCUUGUUUCACCGGCGAUGGAAUUGAUGCUGUCAAAAGUUCACUUAUCAAAGGGAAAGAAUGUUCGACUCCAGAAAUGCCUAUAAAAGUAAGUUGAAUAGGAUCCUAGGAGAUUAAUGAAAGAGUAAAGUUGAAAGAAAAUACGCAAGCAAAACCUUGUUUUUUGAUUACGCUUUGGCUUUUUACCUGAUUUCCCAGUAGCUGCGCAUUAAAGGUUCAUUUGGAAUAAUUCGACGUUACCAACAUGUUUGAUUUUCAGCAUGAAGGUAUAACCAUUCGAUCCGUCUCGUCGAGAUACGUACGAAUAUCAUAAAAUUAUUUGGCGCUAGUAAGAAGAAAUAACUUUAUGGUGUGCAAAAGCCAGAAAAAAAUUUCAAAAAAUUCAAAAAUUUCGCUGCAUUUUUCGACGCUGAUUCAAUUCAACUAUCGCUACUACGCCAUGAGAAGAAAAAAUCUUUUAAAAUAGGAAAAAAUUUGAAAAUUAUUCGAAAAAAACAAUGCAAAAAAAGAAAGAAAAAAUGAGAAAUCACAGUAAAAAUAAGCGACCGCGUCGAAGCCCGCGCUUACGCACAGUAUGCUCCUUUAAUAUUUUUUCUUUCUUUUUUUUUUUUUCUUGGGAAAUACAUUUACAGAUUUUUUGCUACGCGUAUCAAGUUUGCAAAUCGUUUAGAGCUACCUAAUAGUGCUUUUGGUGUCCACGUUUUGAAACUACAUGCUUUUUAUGUCAGCUAUUUCAUUUAUUUGACGAAUUUUUCACUGUGGCUCAGUUUUUUCGAAGCGAGCCACAGUCGGCUUCGUGCUAUGCGCGCUCCGCCUCCGUGUGAAGCCUUAAAACUAAGCCUAUUUUCUUAAGUAAAUCAUUAACUUCUAUUCCUCAAAAUAAUUACUUGAUUGAAAACUAAUAAAGUUCAUCUUAAAAUUUUUCUUAGUGGUCAGCGCCAAAUAAUUUUAUGAUAUUCGUACGUAUCUCGACGAGACGGAUCGAAUGAUUAUACUUUUAUGCUGAAAAUCAAACAUGUUGGUAACGUCGGAUUAUACCGUUCAUUUUCUCAGUAUAGUUUAUUGCUUAUUUAGUUUGCGAAUUCCAAACGAUUUUGUUUUUUUGUUUUGUUUUUACGUAUUUUGAGCUGAAUUUUAUCCUUUUUUGAUUUGCUCUGUGAUUUCUUUUACGUUUUUCAACUAAAUACUUGUUAAUUUUUUUGAUAGUUCAAUAAUUAGAACAUUCUGGAAUGCAUGUUUGACUGAUUUGAAAAAAAAAAAACAAUUAAAAAAAGUAUGUUCAUGUUUUUUCAAAGUUGUAAAUAUUCAAUGGGCGAGGCGUAAAGUUGAGAAAGAAGGUCCACUCGUGUCCUGAAUUUUUGAACGUAAGAGUUGCUAUCUUGCCGCAGGACAGAAUUAGACGCAACCGCUCUCGAAUUGCUUUUUUUUUUGCGUAUUUUGUGUAACCCUUAAAAAUAAAAAUAAAAGAUACAUCAGUUUUUUUUUCUGUUCCACUCGGAAAAUUGAUGGGCAGAUGUUAGCUGCAUAAAAGCUUUUUCGAAACUUUUAUGUCUCCGUUUGAGAUAAACCUGAUCGCCGCUCCUCACUUUGUUGUGACGACACAAACGUUGGAUAGAGAAGAAGGUCUUCUGGCGGUCAACAACGCUCUCGAUACUAUUCGUCAAGCCAUUGAAAGUCAUAAAGGGAAAUUCGCAAUCAAAGAAGAGGUUUUUUAAAACCGUUUGUGAAAACUGAUUCCAUUUUUUAGGCUCGUGUCGUGACGGACAUUGAUGACGACAAGAAAAAAAUUGAGGAUGAAGAUGAAGAGGAAGAUGAAGACGAAGAAGAGGAUGAGGACGAGGAAGAAGAGGAAGAUGUCAGUUUAAUGAAGACACAUUUUUAUUACAAUUAUUCGAAGUCUGUCAAAAGUAGAAAAUCAUUUUGAUUGUCAUAAACAGAAUGAUCGAAAAAAAUUUCCUUAUUUUUUUAUCAUUGCUUUCGGGCAUUACUUUUUGAUCUUCGCGUGUGCAAAGUUAACAUGAUUUUGUUUUACAAUAGAGUUUUUUUAUUUAGGAAGGUCUCGUCGCUCCGAAAGGGUUGGACCAACAAUUGGACGCCGAAGAAGCCAGCAGAGACGCACGGAAAAAAAGACGGCAGCCGCAGAAGAAAGUGACGACGAUGAGUAAUUUAUUUUUUUAA